AUGAAAAGUGAGGCCCGAGGACUGGGAUCGACCCUGGAGGAACGGCCCCCGGGGCGGGAGUGGCUUACUUCUGUGGACAACCUCAUUUUUAUCACUUCGUCUCUACCUAGGUAUCUCAUGGCUUAUGCCACUCUCCCUGUCCUCCCUUUCGAGCUAUGGGGAUGCAUAUCAUCGUAUCUAUCUAACUCCGACAUCAAGAAUCUCCGCCUCUCAUGUGUACAAUUUAGGAAUGCGUCGAUUCUCCGCAUCGACCGCGUUUUCUUAUCCGCCAACCCACUAAAUGUCCAAGUCUUUCGCUGUAUAGCAGGCCACGACAAAUUCCGUCACGGUGUGACUGAGAUAGUAUGGGAUGAAGCCCGCUUUGCCAGGGGCCCCCACGGAUUCAACGAAUCAGCCGAGGGAAAUGAGAAUUUCUCGGACGAAGACGAACCUGGAAACACUAGAGAGUGGGCCCAGAGAUACGGCUCGUACCCCCAGGAGCGGAUUCUUGAACGACACGAAUUCGAGGACGGAUGUCCAAAGUGGUUCAAACAUGCAUGCGAGGCAAACCUCGCCCUCCUGACACAGCGUAGGGGUCGAGACGUAGACCGUCCCGAUCAUAUCGAGCGUCGAGAGCAAGUUUUCGCACAACCUGCGCUAAGCGAGCGCUGGAAGUAUUACCGGCACUUGCUAGACCAACAAAAGGAUGUGCUGGCCAAUAAUAGUGACGUACACGCCCUCUUAUACGGCGUCAAACAGUUCCCUGCUCUUAAGAGAGUCACUAUCACGCCUUCAGCCCACGGCCAUCUCUUUACUCCGCUCUAUUCUACGCCUAUGAUUCGCGCUUUUCCAAAGGGGUUCAAUUACCCUAUUCCACGGGGAUGGUUGAAUGGCCCAGUCGAACCACCCAUCGCAUACCAUUGGAAAGAAUAUCCCGAACUCAGAGAAAGGUACCGCGGCGUUAUUUCUGUACUACGCGUACUGGCAAAUGAACCGAACUCAGUUUCCGAGCUGGUUAUGUCUUCCAAUCAUCUGCCGACUGGACUCAAUUGUACGAUCUUUGAUCAACCCUGCGAGGAGUACGACAACUUUGCGAUAGUACUGAAAAACCCGGGCUUCCGUCAUCUAGCUAUCACCUUUCUAAUAGGCGGAGAAAGUGAUGAUCAACUCGAUGCGUGCUGGCGAUCAUUUUUGAACGGACGACUUCGCAGUACAUUGGAUGAGGCAAAGGACAUGGAAGAUUUCAGCUUGCAUACUACAGUCAUUAACAAUCCCUACGAUGACGAAUAUAGCGCUGGAUCACCCGAACGUCUCAUUCCUUUACAGAGCUUUAUUCCAGUAGAUAAAUGGCCUAAACUAUGCUGUUUUGAACUAUCACGCUUCCUAGUGACACAGCCCGAUGUCAUAUCGUUUCUUUGUGCAUUACCAAAAUCCAUCCGGUUUAUCAAGCUGAGCAUGCUGAAGUUCCUUGAUGAAGGUGGAGAUUGGCAUGGUUUGCUUCAAGAGAUGCGCACAAAGAUACGUGGAAAUACACUAUGGGCAGACAGAGAUGCGCGCUCGCAACCGGCUGUUUUGAUUGGGCUGAAGCUGCCGAAUCCACAGAUUGGCCGUAUGGUUUGGCUUGAAAAGGAGGUGCAAGAAUAUCUCUACGGAGAGGGACAAAAUCCAUUCUUUGAACGCACGCCGUUGGACAUUCCAUGGGGAAUUGGAAUCCAAAGAGAUGCAUUUGAGCCUUCUUUCGAACGGCCUAAUAUUUCUGGGGUAGAAUUGAGAAACAUGGAGAUUUACGAUAAAAACUGGGAGUACAAUGCCUCGGAUCCGAAAUAUUGA